GUGGGAGGCCUCUCGGAGGGCGCGCCCGGAGGAAGCAAGGCUGAAGAAAGGAAGCUUGAAGUCAAGAUGGAGACUGCUAGUUUCUCCGCCGCCGCGGCGAACGGGGCCGUGGGGUCGCAGCGGGACCGCAGCCUGGUGCCUGAGCGGCUCCAGAGACGAGAACAGGAGCGGCAGCUGGAGGUGGAAAGGCGGAAGCAAAAGCGGCAGAACCAGGAGGUGGAGGAGGAGAAGAGCGACUUUUUCGCUGCCGCCUUCGCUCGGGAGCGAGCGGCCGUGGAAGAGCUUCUGGAGGGCGGAGAAUCCAUGGAGCAACUGGAGGAGGCGGCCGCUCGGCUCCAGGGCUUGCAGAAACUUCUCAACGACUCGGUUUUGUUCCUGGCCGCCUACGAUCUGCGGCAGGGACAGGAGGCGCUGACGCGGCUACAGGCGACGCUGGCCGAGCGGCGCCAGGAGCUGCAGCCCAAGAAGCGUUUCGCUUUCAAGACCCGGAGGAAGGACGCUGCUUCGGCCGCCAAAGUAGAAUCUGCUUCUGGAGCCCUGGCGGCGGAAGGCGUCCUGGCCUCCCCGCCGCCCUUGAAGGAGGAGGGAGGCAUCGGCUCCAGCUGGGUCUUCGGCUUCUCCAACGUGGAGUCCCAAGUUCUGGAGAAGAGAGCAGAGGAGCUACACCAGCGUGACGUCCUUUUGACCGAACUGACCAAAUGCACGGUCAGACUGUAUGGCAAUCCCAACACUCUGCGGCUGGCCAAAGCCCGAAAUUGCACGGUGCUCUGCGGCCCGGUGUCCACGUCGGUGUUCCUGGAGGACUGCAGUGAUUGCGUGCUGGCCGUGGCCUGCCAGCAGCUGCGGGUACACACUACGAGAGACACCCGCAUCUUCUUGCAGGUCACCAGCAGGGCCAUCGUGGAAGACUGUAGCGGGAUCCAGUUCGCCCCUUAUACCUGGCGCUACCCGGGGAUGGACGAGGACUUCGAGGGCUCUGGUUUAGAUAGGAGCAAAAAUAACUGGAAGGACGUCGACGAUUUCAACUGGCUGGCCCGGGACAUGGCCUCCCCGAACUGGAGUAUUCUUCCUGAAGAAGAGCGAAUGAUCCAGUGGGACUGAGCAGUUGUCACUGUAUUUUUCACUCCUACCAAACACUUCCCCCGUGGGACCGACUCCUGCUAACGGGACCUCAAAGUUUACUUAUUGUCUCGCUUUGUAUGUGUUCGGUAUUUUAAGGUUUGAGAUCGUGUUAGGCUCCCACUUGUGAUUUCCGUGAAAUUCACAACAGGCCUAACAAUGAAGCACUUUGGUGUUUUGGUGAUGUGUAGUAGCUUUAUUGACUCUUGACAGUUUGAAACAGUAAAGGGUAAAGAGUGCCCAUGUGUGUUGAUUAUUAAUGAUUUGUGGCAUUUACAACUUACUGCAUGAUAAAGUAGGCCCUCAGUAAAUCUUUAAUAAAUGAAAGUAGUAGGACUCUCUUCGGAGCCAGUUAGUGUGGAAGUAUGUUAUCACACUGUACAGAAUACUAAUGAUUGAGAGCUCUUGAAUUGAAGGUCUCACUUCCAUAGGUGGGGGCGGGGAGACUCUGGUCUUCAGGGACACAUUAGCUUGGGCUUGGAGAACCCAGCUACUCAUCGACUUGUUUGGGUCCAAAGUUUUGGCAUCAGCCCCAGGAGACUCAUGAGGCUUACCAACUGUAAAACCAAAAUAAUUACAGCUACCAAUUUUUUUGUGUGCACUUGAAAGGCUGUAGACACUGUUUUAAGCACCUUACUCACGUAAACAUGACUCUAAGUCCAGAAAAUCUUAGGUAGGUUCAGUUAGCACCAUUUUUCAAGGGGGCGGGGGGCUGCCUGAGUCACACAGCUCAAGGGGACUGGGAUUUGAAACCAGGUAGUCUGGCUCCAGAGCCCACCGUUGCAAUCGCUGGAACGGACUAAUUUUGAAUAGUGUUAUCGGAAUUGGAAAGAGAGCUUCCAAGUCAUUAAAGAGGGUAGAUUGCUUUUCCUAAGUACUCAGGAGUAAACCAUAUAGCUGAGCCUUAAGUUCUUUGACUCAGAUUUUGCCGUAAUUGUAUACUAUUACAGAUUUGGCUUUCUGCUGUGUGUCCUCACCCAUUAUUCUUAAAUGGAAAGUCUUAAGAGUUUCAGAAAGCUUUUCGGGGUCUAGUGCCUUGUAACUGUAGACAUGAUUUUCAUUUAAUGACCACAGUAUUAAAGUGCUUGUAGUACCUUCUGUA